AUGGUAAUCAGUAAAAGAACUCACAAUACUACUUCAUCCAUCUCACAAUCUAAUCAUCAUCAUCAUCAUCAACAACCACAUCAACAAUCCGAUCGAAAGUUAAGAGCAUUAAAGAAUUGUUCAAAAUGGAAUUCAGCUUUACUUCAAGGUAGAAGAUCUAGAGGUCCACAAUGGGAUUAUUCGACUGCUUCUUAUCAUAUUCCAAGAAACUCAAUAGCUUAUCUCACUGGUGUCACUCCUUUGGAUCAUCAAUCCUUAACGCAAUCUACUUCGACUCAUCAAACAAAUCAAAUCAAACCAUCCUCUCCAUAUCUUUCAAAUCCUUCUUCACAAUCACAACCACAUUCGAUCAAUUCCACCUCAACUCAUCUUCUUCGAUCUUCUUCUGCUUCCAUUCACCAACUUCAACCUAUCCAAAGACCUUCUCCUCAUCCACAUCCACAUCAUCAACUUCAAUCAAAACCUUCAAACACACUUCUUCAUGAUCCUAAAUUCCCACCCUUCGUUUCAGUUUCGAAUCAUCAUUUACCUCAAUCUAAUCUCAGCACUCAUCCAGGUCCAAUCCCUGCUCCUAGUUCUCAUUUCUCUUCAACUUCAGUUUCGUCUUCUACCGGUACACAUCCUUCUGGAGCUGGACCCGGAGCUGGAGCUCAUCUUACAACCCGUCAUCAAAUCAGUCCAACCGGUCUUCCUCAUCAAGAACAAAAGAAUGAAGUCCAUCCUGAAUCAAACCAUGAUCCAUCCAUCCAUGGAGAAUCAAACCUUUCACGUCAUUCUUCAAUUGACAAAUCACAAGUUCAUCCCCAUCCACCUGCACCAGCAUCGAUCCGAUCGAAUGCUUCAGAACUAGGCUCAAACCAAACACAAGCUUAUCCCGCCUUUCAUCCUUCUGAACCAUCACCUCAAUUCCAAACCCAACACCAACCUACUCCACUCCAAUAUCCACCAGCACCACCACCGCCACACUUGAUCCCACCCCCUACUUCACCCGAUAAGCUGACGAACCAACUCAAGUCCAUCCACAUCCGACAUCCUCCUCAGUUAUCACCCAUCCCACCACCUACACCUCAAGACCAAUUCUAG